UUUAACGACGAAAAUACGUACGCGUGGUGAAGUUGGGUGGACAUUGAUAAUAAUGAUAUUCAGAAGUAUAUAGACGGUGAACGCAUGAGAAGCAUUUACUGACUCGACUGGUUACAUAGGUUUACAGCAGACUGGCGCGUGCCCUGCACACGUCAAAUACCGUGCGCAUGUCUAUGAGCGCGCUGCGUGCAGUAUAGAGAGGGGAUGUUGACGUUUGGCUAGCGUGAUGAUAGAUAGCGUUUCAUACAUCAACGAUCUAGUUUGACUAAUCCUGCAUAUUGGAUUGUGUGUUUAUCAUGGAAGGUCCUCCAUUGCUCUCCAGUGAAAGUGCAACAUAAUUACGUGAUUAUAAUUACUCGUGUACGUUGUCCAUCCUGACAAUGGGAUGCAUCAGAGUCUACCUGCAGAAGUUGAGGCACAGGAUGAAGCUGGACCUAUUGAGAGAACUGGGCCGCCAGUAUCCAGUAUUCUGCUUCCUUCUACUUGUCUUGCUCUUAUCCACUGUUUUGUUGAACAGAUAUCUGCACAUUAUUAUGGUUUUCUGGUCGUUCCUGGCUGGAGUUGUCACAUUCUACUGCUCUCUUGGCCCAGAGACUCUGUUGCCUAAUUUCCUACUGUCUAUAAAGCCAAAGACCAAGCAGGACCAACAAGAGUUGUUUCCCUUGGGUCACAGCUGUGCAGUCUGCGGGAAAAUAAAGUGUAAAAGGCACAGACCAACAUUACUAUUGGAGAACUAUCAACCAUGGCUGGACUUGAAAGUUCCCUCCAAAGUGGAUGCCUCUCUAUCAGAGGUUCUGGAACUGGUUCUUGAAAACUUUGUGUAUCCCUGGUAUAGGGAUAUCACAGAUGAUGAGGCGUUUGUGGAUGAGCUGAGAGUGACUCUGCGUUUCUUUGCCGCUGUGCUCGUACGUCGAACUCAAAAGGUUGAUAUCCCAGGUCUUAUCACGGCCAAACUGCUUAAAGUUUCCAUGAAGCACAUUGAAAUAAUAACCAAAGCAAGGCAAAAAGUGAAGAACGCUGAGUAUCUACAGCAAGCAGCACUGGAGGAGUACGGCCCUGACCUGCACGUGGCACUACGCAGUCGCAGAGACGAGCUCCUCUACCUCAGGAAGUUGACUGAGAUGCUCUUCCCCUAUAUUUUGCCCCCCAAAGCCUCUGACUGCAGAUCGCUUACUCUUCUGAUAAGAGAGGUGUUGGCUGGCUCUGUUUUCCUCCCCGCCUUGGACUACCUGGCUGAUCCUGACACCGUGAACCAUUUGCUUCUCAUAUUCAUCAACAACUCUCCUCCCGAGGCCGCUAUGGAGCCCAGCUCAACCUUGGUUCCCUUCCUGCACAAGUACUCUGACGUUCGCAACAAGAAGCCCUCUGUGCUGAAGCUGGAGCUGAAGGAGAUCAGGGAGCAGCAGGACCUGCUCUUCCGCUUCAUGAACUUCCUCAAGCAGGAGGGGGCCGUGCAUGUUCUCCAGUUCUGCCUCACUGUGGAGGAAUUCAACGACAAGAUCCUAUGUCCGGAGCUGUCGGACUCUGAGACACUGAUGCUCCACGAGGAGGUGAAAAAGAUCUACGAGACCUACUGCCUGGAUGAGAGCAUCGACAAGAUCCGCUUUGACCCCUUCAUUGUCGAGGAGAUCAAAAAUAUUGCUGAGGGCCCUUAUGCCGGGGUGGUGAAGCUGCAGACCAUGCGCUGCCUGUUCGAGGCCUACGAGCAUGUCCUGUCCCUGCUAGAGAACGUCUUCACCCCCAUGUUCUGCCACAGCGACGAGUAUUUCAGGCAACUGUUGAGGGGGGCCGAAUCCCCCGCCAGGAACUCUAAACUGAGCAGAAAUAGCCUGAGUUUGGAUGACAUCCGGAACACCUCGAAGCGGGGCGAGUCGUUUGGGAUCGGCCGCAUCGGCAGCAAGAUCAAGGGGGUGUUCAAGAGCACCACCAUGGAGGGAGCCAUGCUGCCCUCUUACGGACUGGUAGAGGGAGAGGAUGACAUGGUGGAAGAGGCCAUGAUGGUUCAGGAGGAUGACUCCCCCAUGGAGGCCGUCAGUACCCCCAGCACCCCUCGCAAUCUCUCAGCCUGGACCAUCACCAUCCCCUACAUAGACUUCUUUGAUGAUGACAUCAAGAGGGAGAGGAUCCCCGUGUUCUGUAUCGACGUGGAGCGCAACGACAGGAAGGCAGUGGGUCAUGAGACCGAGCACUGGUCUGUGUACAGAAGAUAUCUGGAAUUUUAUGUCCUUGAAUCAAAACUCACUGAGUUUCAUGGCUCAUUCCCAGACGCCCAGCUGCCUUCCAAAAGAAUCAUCGGCCCCAAGAACUAUGAGUUCUUGACCUCCAAGCGGGAGGAGUUCCAGGAGUACCUCCAGAAACUUCUCCAACACCCUGAGCUGAGCAACAGUCAGCUGCUUGCAGACUUCCUCUCCCCUCACAGUAUGGACUCUCAGUUUGUGGACAAGAUGCUCCCUGAUGUCAAUCUAGGGAAGAUCAUCAAAUCAGUGCCCAGCAAACUGAUAAAAGAAAAAGGGCAGCAUUUGGAGCCAUUUCUCAAUUCCUUCUUUAACUCCUGUGAAUCGCCCAAGCCCAAACCCAGCCGGCCAGAGCUGACCAUCCUCAGUCCCACGUCAGAGAAUGAUAAGAAGCUCUUCAAUGAACUAUUCAAGAACAACGCCAACCGAUCAGAGAGCACGGAGAAGAAACAUAACCAGAACUACUUCAUGGAGAUGAUCACUGUGGAAGGAGUGUAUGACUACUUGAUGUUUGUGGGUCGAGUGGUCUUUCGCAUCCCUGAUUGGCUGCACCACCUGCUGAUGGGCGGGAGAAUCCUGUUAAAGAACACCCUGGAGGCGUACACAGACCACUACCUGCAGCAUAAACUGGACAAGGUGUUCCAGGAGCACCGCCUCAUUUCUCUCAUCACCCUGCUCAGAGAUGCUGUGUUCUGUGAAAACAGUGAGCCACGCUCCUUGGCAAAUAAGCAGAAAAGGGCCAAGAAGACCUUUGAGGAAAUGACGAAAUACAUUCCAGAAUUCCUGGGCAAGUGUUUUGGAGAAGAGGCCAGGUACGAGGGGGUCCGCCUGCUCUUCGAUGGACUACAACAGCCUGUUCUUAACAAACAGUUGACUUAUGUCUUACUGGACCUUGCUCUUCUAGAGCUGUUUCCUGAACUGAACAAGCAGCCGGGACAGAAGGAGACUCCUAACAUGGCUCCAUGGAUGUAGUAAGAGGAUGGGGACUCGCUUUAGUCUUUGCUUUAUCUGUUGCAUGUGCAAUAGACUGUGUACAUACAGCACUUAAACCAUUGAUACCGCUGCACUUGUGAUCAUUUUUACUGUAAGCUGUGCUUAGCCUGUCAUUUUUUUUUACCAUUGACAAUUUCCUAAGAUACAGAUUCGUAAAAGUGUAACACUGGAAAAAUGUGUUUGAAGAUAAGUAUGAUUAUGCUAAUAAAAUAUUUAUUGAUAAAAUAAAAAAACA